UAGGCUCAGACAGACAGCAGACCGGCUGUCCCGGCCAGGCUGCGCUGAUCCUUCACUCUCCGCUUUGCUCCCUCCUCUUCAUCACCGGCCACCUGCCUCUCCGAGAAUAACUCCCGACCGCUCAGGACCGAGCGAGCCUCGCCGCAGACGGGGAAAGAGCGACAACCCCCCCCCCCCCCCCUGCCCCCCACACACACCUUCUCUCCGGCCGCUCUUGGCGACGGGGAUUUUGUCGGUCGCUACCGGCUGAGGAGCGCUCCGGCUUCUCCCACCACCCCCCUCCCUCCAAACCCCAUCGACUGCCCUCCUACCCUCUACCCUGCCCCGUCCGUCCCCUCAGAAGAAGCCACUUGCAUGGAUGCAGCAUGGCCACGUUCGUCUGCAGGGUCCAGUUUUUAGAUGACACCGAUCCGUUCAACAGCACUAACUUUCCAGAGCCGACCAGACCCCCGGUGUACACCUUCAGGGAGGACAUCCCCCUCAUCAACCAGCUAGCGGGCGUCCACCGGCUCCUCAAAGCUCCACACAAGCUCGACGAUUGCACACUUCAGCUGUCCCACAAUGGGACCUACCUGGACCUGGAGUCCUCGCUGGCCGAGCAAAGGGACGAGCUGGAGGGGUUUCAGGCGGACGAUGCAGGGUCCAGAGGGAAGAAGCACAGUGUUAUUUUGCGGACCCAGCUGACCGUCCGUGUGCACGCCUGCAUCGAGAAACUCUAUAACUCCAAUGGACGGGACUUGAGAAGGGCCCUGUUCUCUUUAAAGCAGAUCUUUCAGGAUGACAAAGACCUUGUCCAUGAGUUUGUGAUGGCUGAAGGUUUGACUUGUCUCAUCAAGGUGGGAGCAGAGGCGGACCAGAACUACCAGAACUACAUAUUAAGAGCCCUGGGGCAGAUCAUGCUGUACGUGGACGGGAUGAACGGCGUCAUCGGCCACCCGGAGACCAUCCAGUGGCUCUACACUCUGGUUGGCUCAAAGUUCCGGUUGGUGGUGAAAACGGCUCUGAAGCUGCUGCUGGUGUUUGUGGAGUACUCCGAGUCCAACGCGCCGCUGCUCAUACAGGCCGUCACCUCCGCGGACACGAAGAGAGGCUGCAAGUCUUGGUUCAAUGCAAUGGAGAUCUUGCAGGAGAAAGACGGAGUGGACACUGAGCUGCUGGUCUACGCCAUGACCCUCAUCAACAAGACACUCGCGGCGCUGCCUGACCAGGACUCCUUCUACGACAUGGUGGACAGUCUGGAGGAACAAGGCAUGGACACAGUAUCCCAGAGACACCUGGGGAGGAAAGGCACUGACCUGGACUUGGUGGAGCAGCUCAACAUUUACGAGACGACUCUACGUCACGAAGACGGCGACGACGGCAGCCAGCCGCCGCCCGCGGGAUGCCGCGACCGCCGGCGCGUCAGCCUCGGCGGAGCGGAGAAGCGUCGAGGCCUGGAGAGGCGUCGGAGUCGCCGGGCCUCGCUCGGCCGACCCGGGCAGGCCCCCUGCAGCCCUGCGUCCCCACAAAGGGCCGGCUUCCAGCCGUUCAGCGGACACAGGACGGAGGAUCUCAGUGAGAGGGCUUCGUGCCCUACGUCCACCGUCCACAGGACCACCCUUCAGUCCAUCACCAUCUCCUCCAGAAAGGGAGCCACAAAGGACAAUGAGCAGAAGAAUCAGGCAGAAAUACACCUGGCGUCUACGUCGUCCCCCUGUACCCCGACUCCCCCUUCUCCAGAGUGUGGCAGUAGUCUCAGCCCCCAGUCCCAGCCCUCCCUGCUGGCCACCCUGCUGGCCAGGAAGCGCUCUACAGUCACUGUCCCCGCCACCAAGGAAGUCAGCCCGCCGCUGCGUGGCAGCUCCCACCUGUCCCCUGACCGUGUCCCCUACCUGCCCCACUCGCCCUUCCACCUCUUCUCGUACGACCUGGACGAUGAGCCGGCGCCGUCGGCUCAGGCUAAACGCAGCGAGGAGUCGCCCAAAACAACACCUCCCAGGAAUGGAGUCGCGUCGUACACCUCCCUCAGCACCCCGAGUACACCCACAACGUCGAGGGUGGCGUUAGGGGGGCUGCUGUCGUCGUCCUACCGACAGCACCAGGAGUCUCUGGCGGCUGAGCGAGAGCGCCGCCGUGUGGAGAGGGAGGACAGGCUGCAGAGGAUAGAGCGAGAGGAGAGGAACAAGCACAGCCGUGACUAUGUGGAUAAAAUGGAAGAGGCCCGGCUCGCGCGGGAGGAGCGGUAUAAAAACGUAGAACGUCUGGCGGCGGAGGAGUACGAGAGGGACCGCGUCCGGGUGUCGAGGACUCGGCCUGACCUCAGCCUGCCCUUUGAACCCUCGGAGGCCUGGCCCUCGUCAUCGCGCAGCAGCACGCCAUCAUCCUUUGCCUCCCAGGAGGAAGGAGAAGCUGAUCUUGAGCCCGAGACGCCGGGCACGGCCUGCACCCCCUCUGAGGCUGAAGAAGCCGACGACUCCAGUGCCAGCGUAGAAGCGGAAGAGAAACAGGCAGGAGCCGAAGCAGAGGAAGUGGAAGAGCAGAAGGAAGUGGAGGACGAAGAAGUGCAGGAGGAAGUGGCGACGGACAAGGAGGAGGACGUGAAGGAGCCUGAGCAGGAAGUGGAGAGGCAGAGAGAGGAGGAGGCGGAGGAGGACAGCGGCAUCCUUAGUGACAAGGAGCGACAAAAUGAGGAGGUAAACGAGAAGGACAACUGCUCGGCCUCCAGCAUCUCCUCCGCCAGCAGCACCUUGGAGAGAGAGGAGAGGGUUAGCACGGAGAAUGGCUUUAAGGAGGCAGAAGUGAACGAAAAUUGCAACAAGCUCCUCGAUAGCAAACUGUUCAUGCUGGACAUGCUGUACUCCCAGAGCUCAAAGCCCAGUGCCGAGGAGGAGGAAGAGGAGAACGCGGAGAAGGUGAAGGAGAAGGGGGAGGGGGAAGAAGAGGACAGGGAGACCCAUCAGGAGACGAGCCUGGAGAGCAGCAACAAGGAGGACAAGUCGGAGCAACGACGGGGUAUCCGUCCGAUCGCCGAGCGCUUCGGUGACCUGGUCAAAGACCUUGGCUCGUCCCACCCCCACCUGGACGCCCCGGCCAACGAGCCGCCUCCUCCGCCUCCGCCCCCUCCCAAAAAGGAGUCGGACACCAUCUGGGACCAGCUCCUGGCCAGCCCCGGAGAGCUGCGCAUCAGGGACAUCAGCUUCACCGACCUAACGGACGACGAUGACAAGGACAUUCUGGACGCCGUUCUGAUGGGAGGGUGUGGUGACCUCCCGCCUCCGCCACCUCCUCCGCCGUUCAUCCCGCGGCUUCCUCCACCGCCCCCCAUUCUAGGUUGCUGCCCUCCACCGCCUCCCUUGAUCGGCGUCUUGAGGCCUCCGCCGCCUCCGUCCUUUAGCGGUCCAGCCACGGCGCCCCCUCCCUCCGAGCCGCCUCUCUUCAACAAGAAGAAGAAGACAAUUAGGCUCUUCUGGAGCGAGGUGCGUCCAACAGACUGUCAGUACCAGGACCACAAGUGGAGUGGAGACUCCUUCUGGUCCAAAGUGGAACCUGUAAAGUUGGAUACAGCCAAACUGGAACACCUGUUUGAGACCAAAUCGAAGGAAAUACCAGUGACAAAGAAAACGGCGGCGGACGGCAAGCGCCAGGAGAUCAUCGUCUUGGAUUCGAAGAGGAGCAACGCCAUCAACAUCGGCCUGACGGUCCUGCCUCCGCCGCGCACCAUCAAGACGGCCAUCUUGAACUUUGACGAGUACGCGCUCAACAAGGAAGGCAUAGAGAAACUUCUGACGAUGAUCCCGACUGAGGAGGAGAAGCAGAAGAUCCAGGAAGCCCAGCUGGCCAAUCCGGAUGUCCCGCUGGGCUCAGCGGAGCAGUUCCUCCUCACGCUGUCCUCCAUCAGCGAGCUCUCCGCCAGACUCCAGCUCUGGGCCUUCAAGAUGGACUACGAAGCAACGGAGAAGGAAGUGGCCGAGCCACUGCAGGACCUGAAGGAGGGGAUGGAGCAGCUGGUGAAGAACAAAACCCUCAGAUGCAUCCUCUCUACGCUGCUGUCCAUUGGAAAUUUCCUCAACGGCGUCAGCGCCAAAGGCUUUGAGCUGACAUACUUGGAAAAGGUCCCAGAAGUAAAGGACACAGUCCACAAGCAGUCGCUGCUGCACCACGCCUGCUCCGUCGUGGUGGAAAACUUCCCAGAGAGCACCGACCUCUACUCCGAGAUCGGGGCCAUCACACGUUCCGCAAAAGUGGAUUUCGACCAGCUGCAGGAGAACUUGUGUCAGAUGGAACGUCGCUGCAAGGCUUCGUGGGACCACCUCAAGGUGAUCGCCAAGCACGAGAUGAAGCCCCAGCUGAAGCAGAAGAUGUCUGACUUCCUCAAAGAUUGUGCUGAAAAAAUCAUCAUCCUCAAGAUCGUUCACCGCCGGCUAAUCAACAGGUUCCACUCCUUCCUGUUGUACCUCGGCCACCCAGCCUACAGCGUGAGGGAGAUCAGCGUCAACCGCUUCAGCAAAAUCCUCAGCGAGUUCGCUCUGGAGUACAGAACCACCAGGGACCGCGUGCUGCAGCAGAAGCAGAAACGAGCCGACCACCGGGAGCGCAACAAAACCCGGGGCAAGAUGAUCAUGGACAUGAACGCACCUUCUGAUGAUGAAGAAGAGCGAGAGUGCGGUCGCGACGGUUCAAGCUGUAGCAACAACGGCGCCCCUAGUGGGCAGGACAGCGACCAGCCCCAGGGUCUGGGUCACACUGAGGAGGCUGCAGAGCACGAGCACAUGAAGGCUGUGCUGAGAACAAGCCUGACAGGGAGCGACAAAGAGGCCGUCGGAGUGCCGGGACUCAGGACGAGGACCAGAUCUCGGCCGGGAAGAGGAGGUCGCACCGCGCAGGCAUGGACAUCAGCUGUGGAGGACACGCAAGCCUGCGGAGACGACGCUGCAGACGAGAUCAUGGAGCGCAUAGUGCGCUCGGCCACCCAGGGUCCGGGAACCAGAACGCAGCCCAGAGAGAGGAGGAGAUCCAGAGCCAACCGCAAAUCACUGAGGCGGACUCUUAAAAACGGCCUUACACCAGAAGAAGCUCUCGCUUUGGGGUUGACCGAUUCUCCGGACACAUAAACAUGCUGGCCUCCCUUCACCUUGACCCCUGACCCCAACCUGCCCCGACUGCUGUGGAAACGCGCCAGCGUGAGACGCCCAUGUCAGCCUUUAGAGUUUUAGCCCACCAGCAACAAGCCUCUUUGGGUUUUGCACCAGCUGCUACUAACGUGUUUUGAGUGAAGACGCUGCCAACCGGGACGGUGUGUUUGUUCUGGUUUCGCAUUCUAAGCACAGAAGCGGAAAACGGAGGUGAAGAAAGACGUGUUCUCUCCAGGACUAGCUUGAAAAUCUCUUUCAGUCACACGCAGGUACUAUAAAGAAUUCAACGUCUUGGAUCUUUCCAAAGUUCUUUCAAAGAAAUCCAAAGGGAUCUUUUCUGAUUCAUUGAAGCUGUGAAUUUUUUUUUUUUUUUUUUUUUGCUGUAAAGCAGUCGAUAGGAAUUUUAAUUUGUUUUUCGUUUUAAACCAGAAUCCAGGUGAUCUCCCUAGAAAAAAGAAAAACAAAAACGAAGAAAGUAUUGUACAUAUGAAAUAGGAAUAUGAAAGGUUUUCAGGCUGAUGAGUGCCUUUCUUUUUAAAAAGGGACAAUGCAAGCGCCAUCCAAGCUACGGUGGCUCAGAGGUGUCACAUUUACAGUAUUUAUUUCGCAAAUCUCUGACGUCUCGCACCUUAACUGACAUGUAUCCUCUCUUAUGCUGAAACGAGCGACUGAAACGGAGGAGUGUUUUAAUCUCAGAGGAAGGUCUUGUAUUAAAAAGAAAAGCAAAAAAAACCGAUGAUGACAAUGAUGAAACUUGUAGCGGACACGCAGAGCACUCUGCAUCAAAUGUGUAAAUGCCCUCAUCAGGUAAAACAUCCUGUAGUUCGACAGUGUGCGCGCUUAGUGAGGUGGUGUCAUUUUUUUUGUUUUUUUUGUAGAAACUUGUAUUAUAGUCUGUGAGAAAGGUGGAGUUUCUGUGGAUCGUAAUUGUAAAGAAAACCCAUGACAAAAUGCGUCCGUCCCAGAAAUCUUUGUCUUUUUUUUUUUUUUUUUUUAAAUGUUGGAGUGAGGAAGUGUUGGAACUCUCCGUUUUGAUUUCUGUGCUUGCAUUGUACUCGGUCCGAACUUGAACAGAGGACGCGGUUCGGACACGGAGGAGCGCCGACAGACACUUGAACUUGAAAUGCCGUGUUAAACACAUUCUGCAAUAAAAAGCAAGUGAAUGUUCA